AUGAAUGUUGCAGAAAAUGUAGCAGUGAAGGCAAGUAAUUCCUUAAGGACGAUCCAUCUGUGCGUUUUUUUACUUACAGGUGUUCCAUUGAUCGUGGUGGGAAUUUCCUUUGCCGUUUUCUACGAACAUUACGGUAAUGGUGACAUAUGUUGGCUGAACAACGAAACUCUACUGGUCUGCUUUGUGCCAACUGUUGGACUUGUCGUGAUUAUCAACUCAAUUGUCUUGAUAAUCGUACUGAGGGUCAUGAUGAGGUCGUUACAUUCCACCACGAAAGUAACCGUGCAAGAAAAGUCGAGUCUGAAAAUGGGUUUAAAAGCCACAGCCAUCCUCCUGCCUCUGUUGGGUCUAACGUGGACUCUUGCGUUCUUCACCAUCAGCUCAGAGAGGGAACUUGCCAUCGUGUUCACGUAUCUCUUUACAAUAAGUAACAGUUUCCAGGGCGUGAUGUUUUUCGUGUUCCAUUGUCUGUUAAAUGUUGACGUGCAUUCGGCGUUUGAGCGGAGGUACCCACGGAAAAAGACCAUGUCCUCCAUUGAUACGUCCAUGACGAAAGUCAAGCGAUCUUCUUCUCUCGGGGUCUGCCUCAAUGAACAACCGCGUGGAAAACCCUCGGUGGACACCCAGUUUACGGACAUCUCUGUGAACGACAGCCGCCACAGCAGUUCCUCUAGCAAUGGGCACCUACAUCUGGAGAAACAGUCAUCAGCCUAUAGCAAUUCCUCCAACAACGGCCACCUGCGGCUCAUCAACCAGACGUCUUCAACAAGCGACUGCUACAGCAACGGCCACCGACCUGUUGGCCGACAUCAUUCGUCAGGAUUCGAGGAUUUUGACGCAGACGACAGGGACAACGUUUGGCGGAGAUACUCGCUGGAAAACGAAGAGGCGUUCCCUGACGUCACGAGACAGAACAGUGCCUUCCAUCCUGACGUCGUGUUCGUCAACAGCUGGGGCUUUGAGACGAAACACCGAAAGAAGUCUACAUCUUUAUCCGAUUACGGAGAACAGUUGUAA